AGCAAGUAGUUGACUAAAGGUCUUUCUUCUGUGAUAGAACGACUAAGAAAUAAAAUAGAUUAGAUACAGCUAAAAAAUUAUUAAUAGAAAAAAAUAAUAAAGGGCCGGAACCAUUCCGAAAUCACUGAAAUGAAAAGGCACUUGGUGAGUUCUAAUUGCCCGGUGGGAAUACAAGCAUUUUUCCAUAUUUCGAAGUUUUGGGAAUAAAGUUAUAUUAAACCGCCACUGAAGGACGCAAGAUCACCGUUGAGCUGAACAGUUUUCAAAAAAAGAAAUGCAGCCUUUUUUUAUGCCUUCAUAAACAAACUUGAACACUGAUUAUAGCUUAACAACAACUCCUUUUUUAAUUCUGUAAUUUUUAAUUCUGUAUGUACAAAAUGAUAAACUAUACUGUUUCAUGUUGAUUAAUUUUAAAGCAGUGUUUGAAAGAUCUCAUUAGCAAACCUUUGGGCGUCAUUUUCUCUGUUUUUACAGCAAAUAAUAAAGACAGAGCUAUAAAUUAGUUUUAAUACUGUCAGUGCAGUGUAAUCACGAAUUUUCGCCCGUUAAAUUCGACUGUGCAAAUAAGAAUUUUAAUCUUUUUCCAUGCUUACUAAUUGCACGAAUUCGCCUGUUUCUCGCUGUUUUCUCAAUUUGCUCAGAAAAAUAAAUAUACUCUAUUAUGAAAACAGGUGCAGUGUUCUUCAGUGACUAGUCUAUUAUAAUUACAUUUUGCUUUUUUUCUCCCAAUGAAAACACUAAUAUCCGCCUCACACCGUUUCGCGCUUUUAAAUCCACUUUCUCUCAUUAUUUAAUUACUAGUGUUUCCACAAAACUCGACCUGUGAACAAAGCAACUAACCUUUGUAAAAGUCGCGCCAAAAUUCUAAGAGUUUCACAAUUUAACAAAAGCCUUAUAGUUCAUCGGGCUGGUAAAAUUGAGAGCGACUUCUAAAAAAAAACUGAUCAUGUUGUUAUUAGCAUAUUACAAGCAUUUAUGCCGCAUGAUCGGGGAAAGUAGUUUAAGUUUUCGUUGCUGUGUGUGUUUGUUUGUUUCCCCAGUGAUAAUCCAAACACAGAAAUCAUCUUUCAAAAGAAUGUCAUUUAAAUAAUCAAUAUGAGGCUCUCUUGUUCCUCCCCAGACGCAAAGUAAAAACAAAUUCAACAUCUCCGUCGCAGCCUCAUAAAAGAUUUUGACAGCGCACUACCUCAAAACGGUGCGGUGUUCCAAGCUUAUUUCCGUAGAUGCGUCAUUCAAAAUAACAAACGAAAGAGCUAGCGAUAUUUUUAAUAUAUUCAGAUGUAAACAUGAUGAGUUUUAUUCUAAAGAAGUAGCCCUUUUUUUUCAGGAGAAAAACUGAAAUCGUUUAAUCGUAAUGUAAAAUCGCUGUUAUCGCGUAGAUCAAACAUUUCGAACCAAACGAUGAACGCGUCACUGCUAUCAGUUCGACGAUUUCGGAUUUAGAUUCAUGGAUUCGGAUGUUUAUAUUUUCACCUCUCUCGGUAGAGAGGCGGAAAGUGACUUGAAACUCAGCUCGUGGAUAACACCUGUCUAAAUACGCACAAAUAAUGACUCGCUAAAAUACGACUUAAUUGUUUUUCACAGAAUGAGAAGCUUAUAUAAAUGACCUGCACAUCGCCAAGAUGAUCAUAUUUGCUAAGAGACUUGACUUCCCUUUAAGAUGCUAUCGUGCCGCGCACAAAAGUACGAUAUAGUCCCCAUGCUGUGAGACGCUUAUAGACCUAUAUACAGGAAAAUAUCAAAUAAGACGUAUUUUCACCCGGGGUUGUGUAGCGACGCAGGAAAACUGCGGAGGUUAGCCAGCAUCAACCAUACAUCGGAUUCAAACUCUGGCAACAUGAAACUUUAUAUAUUUUAUGAUGGAUAUCUCCUGACGCCCAAUGCCGCUUUGGCAAUCGUGUUUGUCAUUUUUGGAAUUUACACGGUCGUUGGCAAUGUCUUAGUGUGCGUGGUGUACAUUUUGGAUCCGGGAAAAAAAUUGCGCCGAGUAUCUAACUCGUAUUUUGUCAUCAACUUGGCCAUUGCGGAUAUUUUAGUUGGAAUCACAGUAGAGCCUAUAAACGCAGCUAGUUACUGGACGAAGAACCGAGACGUCCUCUUCAGUUAUUAUAUUUUUGCCGUUCUAUCUUGCGUUUGCUCCAUUGUGAACAUCUCGGCUUUGAUGAUCGAUCGUUUUCUCGCCGUGGUACGACCGUUUAAAUACCGUUCCCUGGUUUCGCCGAUCCGCGUUCGCGUGGCGCUGUUAAUUAUUUGGCUGUUCUCUAUUCACUUCUCUGUACUGCCUCUCGUGGGAUGGCGAAGCGCCAGUUUUCAAGUGUACCUCUAUGGUUUGGGCGUAUUACUCCCAGCUACACUGAUGCUCUUAUCCUACUACGGAUUGCUGCGGACGUUAAAAGACAAAAUCUCCAACUUGAAAAUAUCCACCGAUAGAAAAGAAGCAACACAUGUCAAAAAGAUGGUGUCUCGCGAACGUAGAGUUUCUAUGACAGUUUUUAUUAUGUUGAUGGUUUUCCUCGUUGCUUGGGGUCCGUUUGUAGUCGUCGAUUUUGUCCUCGUAUUUUGCCAGAAUUGUCGAUCUGAAAAGCUUCUUUUGGCGCGAGACAUAACGUUGACAGUGGGGUUUUUCUCGUCGGGAAUUAAUCCUGGUUUAUAUGCUUGGCGAGUCCCGAAUUUCAGGAAUGGGUUAAUGCUUUUAUUCCAACGAGGUUUAAAAUCUCCGUCAAGACUUGUCCAAGUCGCUCCUUUAGCAAAAGACAGUAACACAGCUGUUAUCGACUCACAAAGUUAUGUAGGAAACAACGGUAUGUAUGGUCUUGCUGACAAAGCAAGCCGCAGUGAAAUACAAAAAGAAACCAUUAGUUUAUUCUGAAUUCAAUGUACAUUAACUGCUUCCAGUUCUUUCGACAAUGUAGGUCUCUGAACGGCAUUAAAAUAAAACACUAAAUUGUAUUUAUUUGUUGUUUUCGUGUCAGAUUUUACAAGAAUUGAACUUUAUGACAAAACUCUGAACAAACAACUGAACGGUUGGGUUUGUUUCAGGUGAAAAUCUCUUCAGUUAUUGGGGAUUCAUGCAGUAAAAGACAUUAAGGAUAUUUAUUCCGUAACACAUAAUCGUCAACUCUCGGUCAACAAUUAGAAGUUCAGUUCCAAAGCGGAUAUUUUUCUUUGAUUUUUGGAAGGAUAUGGACUCUACGCAAGGCUAAGAAAAUCAAAAUCAAAUAUUCACCGAUAAACAAGUAAGUUAUUUCUCAAUAAUAUUUACGAGAAUAUUUUUCUUUUUAGAAUUCAGUUGAACAUCGAUGUUUUCGGCGCGAUUUCUUAUUUUACCGAGACAGGUCCCAAAGAAUGGCUAGCUAAAAAAAAAAUGGAAUAUGAAGCCAAUUAUAUUUAAUACGAGCCCUUUUCAGGAGAAGAAAAUUGAUCAUGCUAAUGAAGAUCAACAUGUUUGAGAAGAGAAAUUAAGAAUUUGGAGUAAAUGUCUAGCUCUCUGAUUGUCAGCCAAAUUAUUUCACUCUGAAUAUAUUUUCAAGCCUGAGGAUGAAAUUCCCUCUGUAAUGAACUUCCUGCGCUAAAUUUCUAGUAAUAAAACUAAACUUGCGAGAAAGAAAUUGACGUGCUGUUGUUAAAGCGGUGGUUAAUUUUAGUACACCUGGGAUGUUUCACAGAGUAAUUCACAAUUUUUUUUUUUUUUUAACAUAAACAUACAAUACAGAACUCAAGAGGGCAUUUCCAUGCAUGACAAAAAAGUAAUAAAAUCCCAUUACAAAAAGCCAAUACAAUGUGCCGGUCAUAAUUUAAAGACUCGCGUUUUGUAAGCUACUUUUCACAAUUUCAGGUCUGACACUUUAAUUAGUUUUACGUUUGCAUUCGCAAACGAUGUCAGAAUCGAAAUGUUGCGACUUGUCAAACGGCUGAUAUUCAAGGUGUCGAUAACUCUCAUGUCGUUGCUAACCAUGAAAUAAAUGAUUAUUGCUCUAUGGAGAUUCAAACACUGAUUUUUAUUUCCCGCUGAUAAGAUUCAGUUUUCCCACGCUUUAGAUUAUGUACGGAAGACAAGACAAUACUUGAAAACGUGACCAGCUUAGCAGAGGAAAAUACGGUGACAGAAGAGGAAAGAACUCCCCUAGCUAAGUUUCUUUCAGUCAACAUAAUUAAUUCUUCUUGUUCUUCGGCGAGUUUGGAAAGUUCAUCUGCUAAAUAUCACUACGCCAUAUGCCAUGUAAAAUUUCUUACAAGGUGUCCUGAGUUAUUUCAACUCCACUUUCGUACUUUGACUUUGUGCAGAGUCCGAGCAACAUUACUACUGGGUAAACAGAUGGAUGACGUCAUCCA